AUGAGGACUCGGAGACUGCCAUCAGCCACCAGCCUGGAGCUCUUCACCUUCUAUGGCUACCUGUCAAUGUCAUACAACUCCAACCUUGAUGAUGCGGCUUUGAAGAGCACUACUCUUCGGAAAAAUUGUAGAUCCAUCUCAAUUGGAAUGGGCACAAGAUGCCCACUGACAAUAAUGACACCACCCCCCCCAUGUGACUUAUCUGGUGGCACAAAUGGUAAAGAAUCUGCCUGCAAUGCAGGAGAACCAAGUUUGAUCCUUGGAUUGGGAAGAUCCCCUGGAAAAGGUCAUGGCCAUCCACCCCAGUAUUCUUGCCUGGAGAAUUCCAGAGACAAAGGAGCUUGGCAGGCUGCAGUCCAUGGGGUCACAAAGAGUAGGACACAGCUGACUGACCAACAUGUUUCUGUGUGA